AUGUCUGCGAUGAUCCCUCCGCCGGCAGCACGUUUUGGGCAGAAGCAGGCUGUCGCGUCGCUUCCGCUGACCUUCCGGCUCCCCCGGCUGCCGAUUCUCCUGCUUCUUGCUCUCGUUACCGUGCUUCUCGCGCGCUGGCCAGUCCUGCGCGGCCACGUGGCGCGCGAUCCGGAGAUCGGCGCGGUGAAUGCGAUUCUUGUCGGUCGGAGCUGGGCUUCUAUCGAGGAGGCUUCUAUCGAGGACGAAGUUCAUAACCUUGAAGGGGAAAAGCAUGGUGUAGGCAGCAUCGGCGGGAGGGAUGGUAAAGAAGGAGAGCCAUAUGAACGGAUAGAGUGGGCGCGGGGAGAGAGCAGAUGGGCGGAAGAGGAGGGGGAGACGGCGCAGAAUGCGGAAGGUUCCGACAGUCGCGGGGAUUCCCGGGAGGCGGAACGAGUGGGGGAGAUAUCGCAAGAGGGAGAAGGGGAGAUGGCGGAAAGCGAGAAUGCGGACGUUGGCGGAACUGCUGAAGGGGGAGGGGAGUAUCAAGGAGGGGACGCGGAGCAAGGCCGAGAUGAAGAGGACGAUUUUCCGGGAAAGGGGGGAGGGGAAGUGAAGGGGCAAAUGGGUGGUGAAAGGGAGAAAAAGAGGGAGGGGCGACGACGGAAGACGACGAGAGAGGAGGGCGAAAGGGAGGCGACGGAUCGGCAGGGGAGCGCGGGGCGAUCGGCGCGGGGCGACGAGGCGGCGGACGCGAAAUUGCGCGGAAAGAAGGAGAACAUUCUAGGCAGCAGCGACGAGAAAAGCGACGCAGAAUCGAGAGAGUCUAACGAGGCGAACGAGAAAGCGAAGAAGCGGAAGAAGCGGCGGCAGAGGCGGUGUCGAGAACUAGGUGUUCCCUGCUCCUUUCAUUUGUCGAAGAAGGCUCGAGUGAAACAUGCGCUCGAAACGGUGACCGUCCCGAUUAACGGCCGGAUUCUUUCGCCGUUAGAUUCGCCGGAGGUUCAGAAGCUGUUGCGGCCGCUGGGCAGGGUAUUGCUUCCGGGAAGCGGCCAUUCGAAGUGGUGGGAGACGCGAUGGCUGCCGGUUAGCCGUCAGGAGUUUUUCGAUCCAAACGGCCGGUAUCUUUUCGUCACCGGCCACCGGGAUUUCUGCGCGGGGAUUCGGCACUUUCAUCGCAGCCUGUCGUGCAGAAUCGCAGAGGCGGCGGUUCUGAAUCGCACGCUCGUACUCGAUAUGGGGUUGUGCAUUAAUGGACUGCACAACGAGGGGAAAUUCCAAAUUAACCCCAUCCAUGUUUACUACGACCUCGCAUCUCUCAGCGCCGUCCGCUUCACCCCCCUGCAGGGCUUUCUAGAGGAGGCGGAGAAAUGGCAGGCGGGGUUGGGGAGGCGGGACGGGGGGGGAGAUUGGGGGGAGGCGGAAGGUGCAGGCGGGGCAGCGGAGGGAGAAGCAGUAGUCAGGAGACUCGCGGAAGCAGGGGGGGGAGGGGAAGGCGGGAAGGCAGAGGAGGAAGGUUCGCUGCGGUUUCCUGUGCGGGUGGUGGGCGGGCACGUGAGGACAAGAAGGCUAGUGGGCGACGACGACACGGCGUUGAUCGUGCGGACGGUGAAUUACGGCUUUGCUGCAUGCGAGUUCAACCCGUUCCACGCGAAGCCACGCCACGAGUUGUCCCACUUCCUCCCUGCCGGCGCUGUCACUCCCGUUGUUCCCCUCUCAAUUCUCCAUUCCAUUGCUCCUCCUUCAACCCCCCUAUUUCUCCUCUUUCCCUCCUCCAGAAGGACUACCCCAUUCCCAGCAACCACAGCGCCAUUCGGCAUCGGCCGGAGCUGCUGGCGCUGCCAUUUCAGUUGCCCCACUCCCUCCGCGUUCACCCCAUUCUUCCGCUCUUCACCCCCUUUCUUUCAACCUCUUUUCCCCUUUCGCCCAACAGAAGGACUACCCCAUUGCCAGCAACCACAGCUCCAUCCAGCAUCGGCCGGAGCUGCUGGCACUCCCAUUCCCACUCGCUCUUCCUUUGUUCCCCCGUUUUCCUCCUCCCUCCUCCAGAAGGACUACCCUAUUGCCAGCAACCACAGCGCCAUUCAGCACAGGCCGGAGCUGCUGGCGCUGGCAGCAGAGAUGGGGAGGGCGAUGGGUGGGGGGGAUUAUGACGCCGUGCAUGUGAGGCGGGGGGACAAGCUCAAGCCCGACAGGUGGCCGCACCUCGACCGCGACACACGACCCCCCGCGUGA